CAUUAUUACUUAUGGCAUAUAUACAUUAUUAUUUCUUUCAUCAGGAUCAAUGGGACAGUCAAUACACGCCUGUUUCUGCACGUGACGUAACUGAGGAAUUUAAAGUAACAAUGAAAAAUCCUGGUGAUUUUAAAACUAUUAGUUUUGAGCAAAUAGCUACUCCUAAAAUACUGUCCAAUAAAACUAUAAAGGUCUAUUACGCUGGAGUAUCACAAAGAGAUUGCCAACAAUCUAUUUUCGGAAACAAACCUACCAAUUUGAACUUAGGCAUGGACUUUAGCGGGAGAGAUGUCAACGGCGAGCCUGUGAUGGGGUUGUUGGGGCAGGGAGCGCUGUCGAGUCGUGUGACUCCAGACCCUGAGCUGGUGUGGCCAGUGCCACGCCACUGGAGUCUGCAGGAGGCAGCCACCGUGCCCUUGCCCUAUGUGCAUGCUUACUAUAUACUCAGUAAAGUAAAGUUGAUAAGUGGAGAUCGUGUGCUAGUCGUCGGUGGCGCGGGGGCGUUGGGCCAGGCCCUCAUCUCUGUUUGCCUGUCGCUGGGCUGCGGCAUCUUCACAACUGUCAGCACUUUACGUAAAAAAGAAGCCUUGCUCAAGAUAUUCCCAACACUUAAAGAAAACAAUAUAGUAUGUGAGUUAAAUGACGAAGUUUUAUAUGAUCAUGUGGUCGUACACACUGAAAAUCAACUGUGCAAAAUAGUUGUUAGCUGUGCAUCGGGCCGGUUACGUGAGGUAGCAAUGAAAUGCGUUGGGUCUUCGGGAACAUUUUUGGACGUCAAUCAGCACGACAUGGAAAGGAACCAAUCUUUCGGAAUGAGCUUCAUGUGGGAAUGCAGGAAUUAUAAAAUGGUUAAUUUAUCCAGUCUAUUUGAUACCAACAAUAAUGUGGAGAAACAGAUGAUUAAAUAUUUGAUAGCUGAAGGAAUAGCCAACGGGGUAGUAAAGCCGUUACCUUCAAUAACGUAUGUUAUUGAAGAAGUUCCAAGAGCGCUUAAAUUGCUCUCAUCAAGGAAUAACAUAGGAAGAGUGAUAAUAGAAAUUAACUCGCCUUCUAAAAACAUUGUAGUUCCUCGAAUUACUUGCUCUCCGACAUCUACAUAUGUAGUUGUUUGCUCAGAAGAGUUGCUUAGUUUGGAACUGAUAGAACGUUUAAUUUCUCGCGGCGCUAGAAAUGUUACAGUUCUUUGGAAUGGGUACACGACUGCCUAUUUGCUAUAUAAAAUAAGAUUUUUGGAAAAAUCACAUCCAACAGUUAAUAUAGUUAUUAAAAAUACAAUAAACGAAAAAGAAUGUAUAAAUGCAAUAAAUGAAGCAGAAGAAGUUGGGUCACUAGAUGGCGUAUUCGUGAUUGUUGACAAAGAUGAAAAGUAUUCUGAUAAUGCAGCAGAAGAACAAAUACUUUUGGCAAGAAAUAUACUACUCUACAAUACUCUCCUUUCUGUGAUUUCAAGCUUAGACUUCGCAACAAGAUCACUUUGCAAGAAUUUAAGGUACUUUGUUAUAGUCAGUAAAUCAUCACGUAAUAUUGAUGAUAGAAUGAUUUGUUUACAAGCUGAAAAAAUAUGUAAAGAUCGCCAAAACGUCGGUCUUUCGGGACUAGUCUUUGAAACUGAAAUUUCAAAUGAGUUGUAUAAAUAUUCCCACUCGAAAAACGAUAUUGCGGCAGAAACAAUACCCGAGGUGCUCAAUGCACUGGAAAGAAGUUUGAAUCUUAAUUACCAUAAUAUCAAGGCUGUAAUAGGUCCUUGUGGAGAAACAGAUUCUCUGUCAACUAAGAGAAAAGAAAAUGAUCCUCUAACUACGACAGGAGCUCCUGAAGCAAUUACAGAAAGUGGAAGAAAAGUAGAAGUAAAUAAUAUUUCCCAGUUGAGCUUCACCAACAGCAAUGGAGAUCCUAUGCCACAUCGACACAACGAUUUAGAAAUAUUUUACUCUCAUAUUGAGAAUGAUGUUUAUGACAUUACGAGUGAUCCUCUAGUAAGGAUGUCUACUAAAGCCUAUAAAUAUUUCGAGGUCCAAUAUGAAUUAGAUCAGACUGCGCCCCAUCUGAUACUUAUCCCUGGCUUCGAGGGCCAUCACAGAAUAUUCAACGAACUCUGCGAGCCCUUGAAAAUAAGAGCUGUCGCUAUGAAAAUGAACACAUAUUUUAAUAGUCUCAGUAUUCAAGAAAUGUCAUUAAAUAUAUACAAGAGGUUAUCAAGAAUUUUUGACUUUAACAAGAAGUUUUAUCUGUUGGGAUAUUCUUUUGGUGUGAACGUAGCGCUGGAAUUAGCAGCUUUAAUAGAGAAACACGGUGCGCGCGGUAUCGUCUACUGUUUGGACAGCAGCCCCGAUGCCUUGAAGCAUCUAAUGGGGUCUUACGCCGGUGAUUUAUCUAAUGACAAUCUGCAGAAUGUAAUCACCGCUCAUAUGUAUCAUCUAACGACUGGAUUAAAUAGUGAAGAGUUUUUGAAGGAGUUGGAAAAUGUUGGCGGCUGGUACAAUAAGAUUGACUUUUUCAUCCGACGUGUUAAAGGACUAGUACCCUAUUCACAUGAAUUUAUGAGAAAUAUGUUGGAAACGACGUAUGAUAGAGUUAUAAUGGCGAGGGAAUUUCGACCGGAGCUAAAAUUAAAUUCAGAAUUGGUCCUCAUCAAGUCAACAACUUCUGCUGCAUUGGUGAACCUUCCUAAAGACUAUGAUUUGGGAAAGUACUCGAAUAAUCCCGUCAAAGUUUACGAUAUCAAAGGAGACCACGCAUCGGUACCGUACGAUAUCAGAGUUUCAAGUAUUAUAAAUAACUCGCUAGAAACAAAUCUGUUGGAUGAAUUUAAUGGCACAAACACAUGUGAGACAUAUUUGAUGAUUGAUUAGCAUACUA